GUUCCCAGCACGCCGCCAUAUUGGCUGUUGUCCUGUCUAAGGGUUUCAGGUCUGGGUUUUUGCCUUUUGGGAAUAUUUGUGUUUUAGGUGCAGUCAAUACGCGUCCGGGGAGCUGUGUGCCGUAGUUAGCAAUGACCAGGAGGAGGAAUAAACAGGGCAGCGGUCGCAAGGAGCGAACCAGCAUGCAGCAAAGACUGGGCAAGGGGUCCCCUGCUUGUGAUGUACCAGAGGCAGAUGCCAGAGAGAGACUGGACGAGAUGGGCAAAAGCGGACAGGUGCUGCCAUCCUCAAGCCAGUUUGUGCAGACAUGUUGCCUACUGUGUCACCGGGAGCGAAAGGACUGGGCUGGCUCCCCUCCUCCCAGUGGGCUGCUUCCCGCAAAGGAUGGACUUCCAGACUCCUUUGUGCCAACCUUGGCACAGAAUGUGCUGGGUGAAAUGCCAUUGUGGAUCUGCCAGAGUUGCCGGAAGAGUGUGGAGGAGGAGGAGAGGCGAGCUUUGCCGGAACAACCUUUGUCGGUGUCUUUGUCACAUACAACCUGCAAGUCUCAGUCCUGUGGUGGAGGUUCACACUCCUCCUCCUCUUCAUCUUCAUCAUCAUCAUCAUCUUCCUCGUCUUCCUCCAGCUCUUCCUCAUCCUCUUUGUCCUCGUCAUCUUGCCAUGGGAUUUCUGGGGAUUGGGAUCCCAGCUCUUUCCUGUCGGCACACAAGCUGUCUGAGCUAUGGAACUCGCAGCAUUCAAAUGGUAGCCUAGGAGGAGGGUGUUCAGGAGAAAAGGAUAACGGACUUCCUGGGUUGCCAGACUGUUGUGGUAAAUCUUCCAAACAUUCUGGACCAAAGGUGUGCCCAUAUAGUUCAUCAGCAAACAACACAGGGACUCUUCCUACCUCAAUCAACUUUUGCAAGUCCCCCAAGCAUUUCAAAGGCAUGUGCCAUAGACCAGCGUCCCCAGGGGAGACUUUCCACUUGUCUGACCACCAGCGGCAUUCAGAUCCCAGCGCCCCUCCUAACAGCCCCACAGGCCUUCCAUCUCAGCAUCCAGCUUCUCCCCACAGCUCUCCACCUCCACACCUCACCUCUUCCAACUCUACGGUUCCCUUUUCAGCAACAAGCAUUUCACCUCAUACUGCAACAAGCGUUUCACCUCAUACUGCAGACUCUAAAGUGCCUGCAUCUCCUAGAACUCAUAGAGACCCUCACUUAGCUGGCUCUAGCCAGUCUGUUGUCAAAGUGAAUCCACCACCUCCACCCCUUUCAGCAUGCAGUCAUCCCUGCAAUGGCCAUUGCAGUGGGGGAAAUGUACUACAGGGAGGAAGCAUCCCAGGGACCACUAGUAACAGGGACCCGACAUGUAGGGGGCACAAGUUUCCCGACUCUUCAAACUGCUCAUCCUUGCAGCCUUGUGAAGCAGAUGAGGGUCUAGGGGAAGAUGAAGACAGCAGCUCAGAGCGUAGUUCAUGCACCUCAUCCUCCACCAACCAGAGGGAUGGCAAGUUCUGUGACUGCUGCUACUGCGAGUUCUUCGGGCAUAACACACCUCCUCCAGCUCCAACAAGUCGGAAUUACCCAGAAAUGCGUGAGAAGCUUCGCUCACGACUUACCAAGCGGAAAGAGGAGAUCCCGCAAAAGUUGCAUCCCCCUGGCGAACAAGCUGUGGAUCACCGUGAUGUGAAUGAGUUGCUAGACUUUAUUAAUAACACUGAGCCAAAAUCCACCAGUAGCAGCAAAGCAGCAAAGAGGGCAAGGCACAAGCUGAAGAAAAAGGUAAGGUGGUGCAUUUAA